AGGGUACGGAAGAAGUUGGAGAUGCUGCCACUGAACUGCAACAUAAAGAGCUGGAAGCAGCCUACAUCACACAGAAAUCAGAGUAUGAACGAUUGAAAAAAAUCCACAUGGAGCUAGAGGAGAAGCAUGAAGCCGCAGAGAUCCAGAUAAAACAACAGUCUUCUGAGUACAGGGGUCAAUUACAGCAGAAAGAGGUGGAGAUAAGCCACCUGAAAGCCAGGCAGAAUACCCUGCAGGAUCAGCUGCACAAACUGCAGACAGUUGCACAGUCUGCUCAAGGCGAUGCUGCCAUAUUACCUGCCACCUCCACGUCCACCUCCUUUCUUUCUAGGGAUAGACUUCAUCCAAGCUUUCAGAACGAUGACAUGGACUUUGGAGAUGUGAUCUGGUCUCAGCAGGAGAUCAACCGCUUGUCCAAUGAGGUGUCCAAACUCCAGGCAGAAGUCGCUCACUGGAGGACUCUGUCACAGACCUUUAAAACUCAAGGGGCAGUCAGUACUGACCAGGGUGAGAUCUACAAGCUGCAAAAAACUAUUAAGGAGUUAAAAGAAACUAUGAGCCAGGAAAUUGAUGAACACCAGCAUGAGCUCUCAGCAUUGCAAGAUGCACACAGGCAUAAACUGUCAGAGAUGACAUGCCGGCAUCGGGAGGAACUUGCCGAGUAUGAAGAGAGAAUUGAAGAGUUGGAGGAGCAGUUACAGCCAGGUGGCUCCAGUGCAGGGACCCCCGAACAUUUCAAAGCCUCAGAGCAGCAGCAGACAAUUCGAGCCAUGGAGAUUGAAUUGACUUCCAGAAAACAGAGCGCAGAAGAACUGGAGCACAAGAUAAAAGAGAUGACUGAAAGCCUCAUCGUUGCUGAGCAGGAGCGUGUCGCCUUGCUUCAAGAAAAGGAAGAUGCUCAGUCUGAGACAGAUACAUUAAUGCAGACUUACAAAAGGCUGCAGAACACUGUAGAUGAGCUUCAGACCAGAGUGGAUGAUCAAACGGAAAAAUCUAUGCAAAAAUCACAUCUGGAAAAUGAGAUUAAUGGCUUGAAAAAAGCAUUAGUAGCUGCAGAAAAGGAAAUAACAAGGCUGAAAAAUCUAAAUCAGUCCAAAGCUGAAGUAGAACAUGCAGACAUUUUAGAAUUGAAUACAAUAAUUACGACCUUGAAGGAAGAAAAGGAACAGAUAGAGAAAGAAAAGACAAUUCUGAAGGAACAGCUUGAAAACAUAAAACCUCAGCAAACGGUUGAGGACAAUGCUGGAAUUAAUGAAGAACUUGGAGCAGAGUUAUUGGAAGUGAAAGAACUGAGUGAAAAACUGCAAGAAAAAGAGAGACUGUUGGCAGACUGCACCAUGGAAAGGGACACACUGAUGGCAGAAGUAGAAGAAUUAGAUAAACAGAACCAAGAGGCAACUCGGCACCUGAUUUCAAUCAAGGAUCAGCUGGUGCAACAACGUAAAGCGGCUGAUAUCACCAUAGAUCGAUUACAAUCAGAACUGGAGAGCACUAGAAAGGAUCUGGUCAAACGUGAGUCACAACACAAGACAAUGCAAAAGGAGGUAGAGUCACAGCGUGAAAAACUGAGCCAGAGUGCGUUCACCCUCAAUGAUAUGCACAUGAGUAAACAGCAAAUCCAGGAAACCAUGAAGGACCUCAAACAGCAACUGGGGAAAGCUCAAGAGCGCAGCACAGAUUUUAAGAAGGAGAACUCUGAGCUGAAGGAACAGCUGCAGAAAGCUGAAGAGGAGCUUUCUGCAGCCAAGCUGGAGUUAUCAAAGUCUGGUGACAGCACUUCAGACAGUGGACAGCAGGAGCAGCUACUUGAACAAAAGGAAAGAGAAAUUUCUAAAUUGAGGCGAGAAAUUUUAGAAAGCAAAAACUUGCAUGAAAAAGUACUGGCUACAAAUUAUGAGCUCAAAAUGGAAGUUAAAAAGCUGCAAGUAGAUUACAAGAAUGCUGAAGGGAGUCUAGAAGUUGUGAAUCAGCAGCUUAGAGAUGCACAGUCUGUUAAAGACAAGGUCACCAUGGAAAAAGACACUAGGCUGGAAGCUUUAAGAAUGGAAAAGGUACAAUUGGAAACUGAACUGAACCAUACUGAAAAGAGGUUAAUGGAACAGGCUAAACAAUAUCGGCAAACUAUUGAGGAGCUUACAAGGGCACGGAAUAUGGAUGCCUCUGCCUUACAAACAGAGCAUGAGCGCCUGGUUAAAUUGAACCAGCAGAAGGACUUGGAGAUAUCAGAGCUAAAACAAAGCAUUGAGCAAAUGGAAGCUGACCACCAAGAAACUAAAGAGAUGCUGACGUCUAGCUUAUCUGGACAGAAACAGCUGACAGAGUUAAUCAAAGAGAAGGAUGUGUUUAUGGAAAAGUUUAAAGAAAGGGUGACAGAAUCUCAAAAGGAACUGGAGAAGUGUGCCAAGGCAACUAAAGAAUGUGAGGUCCUUAAGCAUGCCCUUGAAGAAAAAGAUAAACAGCUUGCUGUGAUGAAAGAAGAAAACAGUCACCUCAAAGAGGAAAUAGAUCGUCUGAAGGACCAGCAGAGUAGACCCCAAUCAAUUGCUGAGCCCAAAACUCUGGAUAUAAUAACAGAACUGGAGACUGAGAUCGCACAACUCAAAACAAAAAAGGAUGGCUUAGAAGAUGAGAUAACGGCUCUAAAGAAGACAAUGAAGGAGCAAAAAGGAAGCUUUCAUGAUUCCUUGCAGGAACAAGAAAGGGAGCUGGAUCAGGCCAAAACAAUGACUUUUACAUAUGAGAAACUCAUCUUGGAGAAAGAUAAGGAGAUUGUUAGCCUUCAGGAGUCCAUAGAUCAGAUCAAGAUGCAGUUUCAGAGGGAAAUGCAAGUAAUCCACACUGAUUCAGUUAUUCUGCAGGAAGAUAAGAGUGAGUCGUUGAACCGGGAGAAUGGGAAUGAGAAACAUGAUUUGUCCAAAGUUGAGAUUGACAGACUGGUCAAUGGGAUGAAGGAAAAAGAAAUAGAGAUUAAUCUUCUUAAUGAGAAGAACUUGUCCUUGACCAAACAGUUGGAUCAGCUGGUUGGCUCAAAAGAUGAAGUUGGUAAACUUACUCUCAUCAUCCAGCAGAAGGACUUGGAGAUACAAGCUCUUCAUGCAAGGGUCACCUCUGGAACCUACACGCAAGAUGUUAUCUAUCUGCAACAACAGAUACAAGCUUAUGCAGUGGAAAGAGAACAAGUAUUGGCAGUGUUGAAUGAGAAGACCAGAGAGAAUAGUCAGCUGAAGUCUGAAUAUCAUAGACUCAUGGACAUUGUAGCUGCCAAAGAAACUGCCCUUCUGAAGCUCCAAGAAGAAAAUCAGAAGAUGUCUAGCAUGAAUGAUAUUGGAAGCCAAGAUAUGGUGCGAGAGACUAUCCAAAACCUUUCAAGAAUCAUCAGGGAAAAAGACAUUGAGAUAGAUGCCUUGACACAGAAAUGCCAAACCUUGUUGACAGUCCUUCAAACUUCCAAUAGCGGUCCGGGCAGCGAAUCAAGUGGUGUGAGCAGUAAUCAGUUUGAAGAGCUUCUCCAGGAACGGGACAAUUUAAAACAGCAGGUGAAGAAGAUGGAGGAAUGGAAGCAGCAGGUUAUUACCACCGUCAAGAACAUGCAACAUGAGUCGGCUCAGCUCCAGGAAGAGCUUAUCAAACUACAAAGCCAGGUCUCAUCCGAAAACGACUGCAACUCUAAACUGUCUGUCCAUUAUAACAGCUUGAUCCAGGGUUAUGAGCAGAAGGAGAAGAAGCUAGGUAGUCUAAGUCAGGAGCUUGCUCAGGUUCAGCAAAGUAUCAGUCAGCUUAGCAGCACCAAGGACUUCCUACUUGAAAAACUAGGCCUAGAUCUAGUGGUGAACAUUCCAGAAGUAAUAACUCCUUUAAUGACAGCUACUCCAUCCGAAGGUACAAUUCUGGAAGAGAAUGAAGGACAGGUAAAAAGGCUGCAUCUUGAGCUGGAACAUUUGAGGAAAGUUAUAGAGGAGAAAGAUACAACUAUAAGGACUCUUAAAGAAAAUAACCAUCGGUUGUCCAACUCUUUGGCUUCUACAUCUGAAAGUGAAAAAAAAGGACAAGAAGCAGCAGCAUCUGAGAUCAAGCAGACAAAGGAUAGACUCGAUGUUCUUCAGAAAUCUCUAAGAGAAAAAGACCUUCUUAUCAAAUCCAAAGGUGACCAGCUGAAUCCUUUGACUGAAAGUCUGAGAAACAAGGAAAAUGACAAUGAAGUGUUGAAACAAGCAGUGACCAAUCUCAAAGAAAGAACGUUGAUUUUGGAAAUGGACAUUCACAAGCUAAAAGAGGAGAAUGACCAAAUAAUGGUGAGAUCCAGAGAGAAAGAGACUGAGUUCAGAGCAUUGCAGGAGACAAACAUGCAGUUUUCCAUGCUUUUGAGGGAGAAAGAGUUUGAGUCAAAUUCCAUGAGGGAAAAGGCAUCUGCCUUGGAGAAAAUGCUGAAAGAAAGGGAGCAGGGUAAAUCAGGUGAAUUAAACCAGUUGUUGAAUGAGGUAAAGUCAAUGCACGAAAAGGCAGUCAAAUUCCAAAAAGAGAGAGACCAGAUGAUGCUAGCUCUAAAGCAGAAGCAGAUGGAAACAAGUGCUAUUCAGAAUGAGAUGCAGCACUUGCGUGACAAGGAGCAGCGGCUAGCACAGGAGCUGGAUCGUCUGCGUAAUCACCUGAUCGAGAUGGAGGAUUCAUACACCCGGGAGGCUGUUGCUGCAGGGGACCGAGAGACAGAAUUGAGGAGGAAGGUCACGGCCCUACAAGAAAAGCUAGACUCCUCCUCCACUGCUGUGGAAAGUGCAAGCCACCAAGCAAGUAUGCAAGUGGAAUCAUUACAGGAGCAACUGAACACUGUUGUGCGUCAGAGAGAUGAAACCUUAAUACAGUUGAACAUGUCACAAGAGCAAGUGAAACAGUAUGCAGUGUCACUCUCCAACCUGCAGAUGGUGCUAGAACAAUUCCAACAAGAGGAGAAAGCCAUGUAUUCAGCAGAACUGGAGAAGCACAAGAAGGAAAAGGCAGAGUGGAAGAGGAAAGCAGAAAAACUGGGGGACAGAGUGUCAAGCCUGCAGACGAAUCUGGAUGAAGCCAAUACAGCCCUGGAAUCUGCAUCAAGACUCACUGAUCAGCUGGACUUGAAAGAAGAGCAAAUUGAGGAAUUAAAUAGACAAGUGGGCCUUAGACAGGAGAUGCUGGAAGAUGCUCAGAAUAAGCUUAUGAAUCUUGUGAACAGUACUGAAGGGAAAGUAGACAAAGUCCUAAUGAGGAACUUGUUUGUUGGUCACUUUCAUACUCCAAAGAACAAGCAACAGGAGGUUCUCAGGUUAAUGGGAAGUGUGUUGGGACUCCAGAAAGAAGAGAUGGAUGAGCUGAUGGAGGAAGGCCGUGGAGUUACUGGGUGGGUGUCUAGUUGGCUUGGUGGCCGAAGUGCUCAAAGUGUCCCGAACACACCUCUGAGACCAGGGCAUGCAUCCAUUUUAAACAAUUCUUUCUCAGAGUUGUUUGUAAAGUUUUUGGAAGUAGAGUCGAGGCCACCACCGAAGCUGCCUGUGUAUGACAUGAAGCCUUUGAGUGCACCACCACCUGGCAAGCAUUCCAGCAGCACAGCAGCCAAUGCCACAGGUCUUCCUGGAGCAAACAAAAGGAUAGACUUCAAUCCCUUUUUGGCCCCACGUUCAGCCGCUGUGCCUCUCAUGACAACAGCAGCCCCUGGAGCAGGUGGGACCGGCCAUCUUCUCAUGAAGCCCAUCUCUGAUGCCUUGCCUACAUUCACACCUUUACCUGUGUCUUCUGAUGCCAGUGCUGGGGCAGUGCUGAAGGACCUCCUCAAACAGUGAAUGACAACCAUGCUCCCUUAAGCACUUUAUAAGAGGAAUGGACACUACAAUACUUAAAACAAAAAAGGCCUUCCUUAAGUUAUCAGAAUCCAGAGUACUGUAUGUGAAUGCACCCUGUUUCCAAAAAAUCACCACACUGUGAUAAGGACUUCACUUGCAAAUUUAAUGUCCAAGUCAUUGUUUGUUUAAAGGUUGUUCCCUGGUGGUUAGAGCCCAUAAUUCCUGGGUUCAAAUCCUAGUUAGGUCACUACUUUAAAUUGUAAUCCCAAAGGUCUUUGUUUUUGUGUGCCUAAGUCACACUGUGAUAGUAUUUUUAUGUAAGUUAAUAUUCAGCAACAUAUAUGUAAUAUAUAUUCACAUAUACAUAUAUAUAUAUAUAUAUAUAUAUAUAUAUAUAUAUAUAUAUAUAUAUAUAUAUGUGUAUGUGUGUAUAUAUAUAUAUAUAUAUAUAUAUAUAUAUAUAUAUAUAUAUAUAUAUGUGUAUAUAUAUAUAUAUAUGUGUAUAUAUAUAAUGUGGGAUAUUUAUAUUCUUUGGCACAUGGCACGUCAAGGAUUUGUAGGUUACCGCAUCUGGUAAAUCCAUACAGACACUUUUCUUUAAAAUCCUUUUGGUGGUUUGUAGGCAAUUACAGCUACUUUACAAAGUGCAUGUGGUAUAAGCAGUAGUUAAUAUUUGAAACUUGAUUUGAAUAUUAUUACCAGAUGCCCAACAAUGAAUUGUUAAUGGAAUCCUUUAAAUAUAAAGCACCGUUAUGCCUCAACCAUGGUAUAGGUGGAAGAAUUGAAGGUAUUUCCUAUUUUCAGUUGGCAGUGUUUCACAGAGCUUUAAGAAUCUGGAAAAAACACACAGUCCAUAUGAGUAUUUAUCUGUGUGAAGUGUUGGCAGCAAAGAUUAUAAAUGAAAAAUAUCAUGACCACCCCCACUAGAAAGAUGUAGAUAAUGUAGGUAUAAACAUGGCCAAUGUAAUUUUGUGUCUUCUGUAAAUUUUGUAGUGAUCAAUAAAGAAGGAUUCUACUUUGUACUGCAACUAAGUAAUACUGGUUAUUUAAACCUGUAAGAAUGCAGUCUUUUUAUUAUUUCUAAAUAUACUGUCCACAGCAGUGUUUUUGCUGUAGUGCAAGCAGUAUCUGUUUUCAUAUGGCUUUCUUGUGUUAAGUUCAGAAGAGGUUCAAAUGGCCAGGUUUGUAGAUAAUGUAUAGGAAACAUCUCAGGCGAUUUCCAGUGCGGAUCUUUGUGCUUGCUUUGGUUUAUUAUGUAUUUGGUACACCAGAACAUAAUUGGUAAUGUCCCAAUCCUUAUUUUAUCAUUAUUAUUUAAAUUUGUGCUAAAUUGCACCCUCAAUUUGUUGUUCUAUUGUGGAACUCAUUUGCGGUUAUUGAGUGUUUGCUCACCAAGACACACGUGUUGCUUUAUUAAAUUGUUGGUUAUUUUAAAGUUAAUUAAUGGCACUACACUUUACUACAAUUAUGCAUUUAUGUUCCCAAGAAUUGUGUUCAUUUUUGCUCACAGUUCUAUGAUGUUAGUGGCUGAAGGUAUUAGGCAAUCUUGGCACUGGAAUCCUGCUUCUUAAUCUAGGUAGACGUCCAGUUGCUUUUGGAAAAUACUUUAUUUAUUUUAUGCUGAAUGGCUAAGGGGAAGGAAGACCACACAAAAACAAGCAUUUUUGUUGAUCUUAUAAAGUUAAUUACAACAAACCAAAAAUAAAUGUAUGACUGCUGAUUCAGAUUGCAGGAAGUCUCUUACAGGGUUUUAUACAUGUAAACCGUAAGUAGCUGGUCAUUGAAUUGUGAGUUGAUUCUUGGUAUUCUAGGAUCCUGUGUGUAAUUAAGCAUCCAACUGUUUUAUUUCAUGUUUCCAAACCAUUUGCUCUGAUGUGACAGAUUAUGUUAUCGGGACUGGUUUUGUUUUUUGUUUUGUGUUCACAAAAACUAUUUCUGUUUUUUUUUAUAAUACCAUUGUUUGUUUUUCUUUAUUGUUAUUACUGGAAACUAUAUACAGUAUUGUAAGGAACUUACCUAGGCAUUAAAGACGAAAGCAUACUUUACAGCGAAUGUUAGUAUGUUAUGUUGGAGUAAGAUCUUUUUCCACUUGAAAUAUAGCCAUUUUCAGAGAUCACGUUGCAGUCACUUAUUUGUUAAUUGCAUUGACAAAGAUCCACCUCUGGAAUAAUAGUGAAAACAAAGUAGAAUGUCCACUGCAAACAAAAUCCUAACUUGUUUUUCCAAGUUUUUUUUGUCCAAAUGAGUACUUUGCAGAAAAUGUAUUUAAGCUGUGUUUGAUGGAAAGAAAGUACAUGCUCUUGGCACAUUCCUAUUCUGUCAGUUGCAUUUACUAAGUUGCAUGUUUAAUACCAGUAAUAUUAAAUGGAGGGUGACUGUUUGGAAAGCAGAUAUGAUCUAAAAAAAAAAACCAAACACAAGGUCCCCAUUUAUAAAGGUCUGCAUUAAAUGUUUGUUAGAUACAAGCAGCAAAUAUGUAUAAAGAAAAUUGCUUUGCAUAGAAAGACAGUAUAUGGGAUGAGAAUUAAAAUUUGCCUUUAAAUUGUGUAAGGUGAUAUUACUGGAGGUUUUGGUAGUGUAUUACAAGCAGCAGUGUACCUUAUACUUUUAUUUUUUUAUACCUGGUACCACAAUAAAGAACGCGCCUUUUAGAGGAACGUGUUUGUUUUGAGGCUGCACUGAAACUUCAAUAACAUAAUUGUGAAACAAGUUUCAGAGGCUUCGGGACUUGACAACAUUCAAGUUACUCUUUGUUUCACUACAGCUGCAGUACACCGUGCCUGACUAAGUGACUGGAAGUAUACUAUGCUGAAGUUGAAUGUCGAUAGUGUGUUACAACCCACUUUAUUGGCACCGUUUUACAAAUAGGGCCCAUAGUAAGGGCUCAUGUCUAACUUGCUGAUGGCGAAUCACAAAGAUCUGUAGUGAUCUAGCCUCGCAAGACUUUGAUUUCACUUUUAAAUCCCAACAAAGUAUUAACAUCUAACUUGAAUACACGCAACACUGCUUACUUCUCUCCACUCAUCCAGGCAUAGUUCAAUGCAGCUGAUACAAAGAGUAGAUUGUGCAGCCUCUGUAACUCCUUGUACAAUAACUGGUUUCAUGAUGUUUCAAGGAAGAACUUGAGCUGACUCGAAGCAAAUUCUUUUUUCUAGAAAAGUGACUGAUUUAUUAAGGUAUUUUGGGCAUCCAAAAAUAUACAAUGAACAGUUCCAGUCCUAAUAACACAUUUAUCGUUGUUGUAUAAUAUAAUUAUAAUAUACAGAAUGAAUUGAACAGUGCAUAAUGCCAUAUGUAGUAUGUAUUAAGCUUCAGGUGUAAUUAUUGGGUGACAGUAGUACUGGAAAGCUGUAGAAUCCUAUAUUAAUAUUUGUACAUAAAAUUAAAGCUUUUUUUUCCAGA